CCCUUUGAUUCAUUGCUUAUUGCCCCUUAAUUUUUCCCUUUUCUCUCUGUCCCCUUUUUUUUAAAGCUUGUACCAAAGGACAAGCUCUGGUUUCUUUCUCCUUCUAAAGCUAAAAGAAAAUGGUUUCCAGGCCAUCUGAAAAUAAUAAGCCAAAAGCUAAGCAUAAGAAGGGUUUAUGGUCACCUGAAGAAGAUUUAAAGCUUAGAAACUAUGUCCUUAAACAUGGCCAUGGUUGUUGGAGCUCUGUUCCCAUCAAUGCAGGGUUGCAGAGGAAUGGGAAGAGUUGCAGAUUAAGGUGGAUUAAUUACUUGAGACCGGGGCUAAAACGAGGCACUUUUACGCCGCAAGAGGAGGAGACGAUUCUCACCCUCCAUCAUUUGUUAGGCAACAAGUGGUCACAAAUUGCACAAAAUUUGCCUGGGAGAACAGAUAAUGAGAUAAAGAACUAUUGGCAUUCAUAUCUGAAAAAAAGAAUUGCAAAAGCUGAAGAAAUGGAUUCUCAAGCAAGGAGUCAAUGCACAACUUCAAGCUCGGAAAACAAACAAUUCACACCCUCUCCUCGAAUUUUCUCGGACCAAAUGCCAACCUAUGAAUCGUUCAAUCACAUUGAUAAACUCUCGGUAAGCACUGAUCGAGCCGUUCCGCAGCAUGUUAUCGAUUUCUCCAAAGAGCCACAAAGAAGCCCCCUGCCAAAGGUUUUAUUCGCAGAAUGGCUAUCGCUCGAUCAAGAAUGCGGUCCGGCCGCGGCUACCUCUUAUGGAUUUAAUCACAAUUCAAGUUCAAACUUCCAAGACCCUUUUAUGGACGCGUUCUUGUUAAACGAAGGAACAUUCGGUGGCAGUGAUCUUCACGAUGGACUAAGCAACGGGUCGGCAAACGAAAUGUCUAGCUCACUGUUCGAUUUCGAAACCCAAAUUUCUGGGAACGAGUUCGUUGGUUCCUUAUCUGGGGAUGAUAUAUGCAGUGAUUUCAAUAUGAAUAACAAUGUAAUGUACAUGUAAAAUGGCUAAAAAGUUGCUUCCUUUCAUUGUAUAGAGAUAUAAUGAGAUAAAAGUACCAUAAAGUUCAUUGUAUUAGGAGUCAGAUUACAUUUUGCCCUCUUACUCAAAAAAUGGGCAAAUUAACUGUACAUUAGAUCAAAGAGUAAAUUGGUCAUUCUGUUAAAAUUUCAUCCAUUUAUACUGUUACAAAACUGGUCAUUGUACGUUGGCAUGAGGUGGACGUGACACAUCAUGAGUUACUGUCUUGUUAUUCCUUCAGCCACGUCAGUUUUUAAUAGUACAAAUGGAUAAAAUUUUUAACAAGAGGAUCAAUUUAUAUAACGUACAGAGACUAAUUUGCCCAUUUUUUGAAUAGAGGAGCCAAAAUACAAUCUGACUCCUAAUUUGAAGACCUCCGUAAUACUUUUACCGACUUCCACAAAUACGGUAAAAAAAGAGCUUUAAAGUUUUAAUUUUUAAUUUUUUUGUUAUGUUUCCAUGUUGUUGUUCUUGGUGUACCCAUAGUUUGUUUUCAAAAGGACAGGUUUCAACCGAGUGUAACAUUGUAUUUGUUUCUCUUUUUAAUAGCAAAAUUUUAUAUAUUUUGUGAACCCAA